AUGCGUACCUAUCUGGCAGGAUUUUGGCCCCUGAAAUGGAGCACAGCCCUCUGCAUCUUUAGCCAGGAAAAAAAGAAUCCUACAGUAUUCAGAGGGAUUUAUUCACCAAGCCAUGAUUUUAGAAUCGGUAUUUCAUUCACUUUGCUGUCUUCUUCUCCCUUACCUUUACUGUUUCUUAUUGUAGCACAUGACGACGGGCAGGAGAGCGUAACAGAAAUAGAGAAAAAUCUGCUGCCAAGAAAUUCUAAGGAAAAUGGAAGUCAAGAGACCCCCCUGAGGAGGAACGAACAGAGACAGCAACAGGCUCAAUCGGGAAGGCAAAGGCCUCACAUUCAGCGUAAAUCAGAAAGGCAGCAGAAAAUUGAGCAAAAGACUAGAGAGGAGAAACACAUUUCUUCCCAGGCAGCAGGCCAGGCCCUUGGCAAAGCCAUUUUCCAGAAGGAGAGCAGCAAAGACAGAAAACCGAGGGCUUGUCCAAAAUGCGGGAAGGUAUUUCAUCAGAGCGUCCUUCUGCUUAAGCAUAAGCGGACCCACACCAGAAAAGAGCCCCACCAGUGUUCGGAGUGUGGGAAGAUCUUUAGUGAGCUUUCUCACCUUCGCAAACACCGAAGGACCCACCGGAAAGAGAAACGGUUCGCAUGCGUGGACUGUGGGAAGGUUUUCCAUCGGAGCUCCCACCUGGCGUCGCACCGAGGGAUCCACGCAGGGCUCAAGCCGCAUUCGUGCUCUGCCUGCGGGAAAAGCUUCCGUCGGGGGCCGGACCUUAGAAGACACCAGCAAAUACACACGGGGGAGAAACUGCACAGAUGCUUGGACUGCGGGAGAAGCUUCGGCUUGAGCUCCAGCCUUAUUAAACACCAAAGGAUCCAUACGGGGGAGAAGCCGUACAGAUGCACCCACUGUAGGAAAAGCUUCAGUCAGAAAUCUCAUCUUAUUGUCCACAAGAGGACCCAUUCGAGGGACAAGCCAUUCAAAUGUUCUUUCUGCCGUACUGGCUUUACUCAGAAAGCGCACCUCGUCUCCCAUCAGAGGACCCACACAGGAGAGAAGCCCUUUAAAUGCUCCGACUGCGGGAAAAGCUUCAAACUAAACUCUGCACGCAUGAAACAUGAGAGAAGCCACGGGGAAGGUUUGGACGCUCAGGCUGUGAGGAAGCUUUCCGUUGGAGCUCCUGCCUCACAAAGCAUGGAAAAAUCAAAACGGAAAUUGAACUAUAGGAACGUUCAGAGACAGGGAAAUGCUUCAGAUUAACUCUUCAUUCCCACAAAUGUUGCAUUUACCUCUUAGAGUUUGGGUUAUGUACCUAUGAGCUCCUAUUUCUCAUUACUUGUGAAGCAACUGAGCAGAAACAGUGGUCCAGAUUCUGUUGUCUACCAUAAACCAAAUCCUAAUUUUCAGUCUGUUCCUUCCUGGUCCACGAAGCACUGGCACCAUGAUUUUUGGGGUGCACAUGUGCACCCCACCCACCUCAAGCCGGUGUAUAUGCGUGUACACGGACAUACAA